AGAAACUCAACCUGGACGACCCAGAGUGGGAGGACAUACACGUGGUCAGUGGCGCGCUGAAGAUGUUCUUCAGAGAGCUUCCGGAACCACUCAUCCCUUACAGCACCUUCGAGGAUUUCAUCGCUGCCGUCAAGCUGAUGGAUCACUCCGAGCGUGUGGAGGUGAUGAAGCAGUUGGUGGGGAAUCUCCCCCAACCCAACCAUGACACAAUGAGGGCCAUGUUCAGACACAUGCAAAGGGUGGUGGAACACUCCCACACCAAUCGAAUGUCCCCCCAGAGCCUGGCCAUCGUUUUCGGGCCUACCCUCCUGCGUCCCGAGAAGGAUUUCCUCAACAUGGCCGUUCACACGCUCUACCAGAACCAGGUGGUGGAGCUUAUUCUCAUCGAGUGUGGCAGCCUGUUCACCCAGGACGGCAGGUUACCCUGACCCAGUGACCCCGGCUGUCCCCUUCGGGACCAUCGUUGAGCGAUGAGACGUCUCGGGGGUGGGUCAGCCUCUCCCGUCCUCCAUUCUCCUGGCUCAGCACCCCCCUGCUGUCCCCACCCUCACCCCCUACCUCGAUCGCCAACCUGUUUGUCAGGGAGGGGAGAGGGAGCGUCCCUGUCUCUCUCUCUCUGUCUCUCCCUCCCUCUCUCUCUGUCUCUCUCUCUCCCUCCCUCUCUCUCUCUCCCUCCCUCUCUCUCUCCUCCUUGCUCUCUCUCUCUCUCCCCCUCUCUCUCUCCCUCCCUCUCUCACUCCUUCUCUCUCUCCCUCCCUCUGCCUCUCUCCCUCUCUCUCUCCCUCUCUCUCUCUCCCCCUCCCUCUCCCUCCUUCUCCCUCUCUCCCUCCCUCUCUCUCUCUCCUUCCCUCUCUCUCGCUCUCUCUCUCUCUCUCCCCCUCCCUCUCCCUCUACCUCUCUCUCUCUCUCUCCAUCUCCCUCUCCCUCUCUCUCCUCUCUCCCUCUCCCUCCCUCUCUCUCUCUUCCUGCCUCUCUCUCUCCCUCUCUCGCUCUCCCCCCCUCUCUCCCUCCCUCUCUCUCUCCCUCCCUCUCCCUCGCUCUAUCUCUCUCUCUCUCCCUCCCUCCCCCCCCUCUGUCUCUCUCCCUGCCUCUCUCUCUCCCUCUCUCUCUCCCCCUCUCUCUCUCCCUUCCUCUCCCUCCCUCUCCCCCUCACUCUCUCACUCCCUCACUCUCCCUCCUUCCCUCCCUCUCCCCCUCACUCUCCCUCCCUCCCUCUCCCCCUCCCUCUCUCGCUGCCUCCUCUGUCUGACCUCCCUCCCCCCUUGCCAGCCCACUGCCCAGUGACUGAGACAGGGAGAGCGCAGGAGGCUGAGACCACCCUCACCUCCGUGUGUGUGUGUGACAGGGAGAGAGGGGGCGUGCGCCUCCCUCGGUUCCCUUCCUGAUGUUCGGCUGCAGAGACACACGCUUGCAAAGAUGUGAGACCACAACUCAGAGCCUGCACGGCCGUUUUAUUUUUUAUAAACUGCAGAGAAUUUAUCGUUUACCCUCGCUCAGGAAAAGCACUCGCAACAAUAAACUGGUACUGAUUCUGAG